CGUUUGCCUUUGAGCAAACAUACAGGACAAACCGCAGGUCCGAACGGGAGUCUGCGGACAAGUCUCCGAAUCGAGGCACAAGCAUCACAGCAACGAGCGACUCCUACGAUCCCCCGCGCUCUGAGCCAGAGAUGUGGCAACCAUCAACUCGAUAUGGCGAAGCUGGUAGACGUACCUCCCUACGUCAAGGAGAGCAGCCCCGAACGCACCGCCCGGGAGAACUACGACUUCCGGCCAACGAUACCCAUAACUCAUUGUCGAACUCCGCACCGUCCGUGUCUCGGCCUCGAGCCGAGCCUCCACGGUUGCAUUCUGCUUCGUCGCUGCAGUCAUUCCCUCAGCGAACAUCAACACUUGCUGCACAGGGCCGUGUGCGGAGUGGCAGUUUAGGACUACAAUCUCAGUCUCACAGGCCAAUUAGGACUUUGCCACUUGAGUCUUUGAGCAUGGUGUUGCCCUUGACUGAGCUGCAGAUAGCUGUCGUAGGACCAACAGGCUGUGGGAAAACUAGUUUCAUCAUGGAGGAUGCAAAAAAGCGCAGCGAUACCAGCGUGCUAUCUUCCUCGGCGACGGAACUACAUCCGUACCCAACCUAUCGAUAUACUCGUCCUAUCGAUUGGAUAAAUCAGGACGAAGUUACAUGCAUUCGCCUCGUCGUUUAUGAGUUGGACAUGAUGAAAGCGAAAUUAGCUUCAGACGUCGACGCAGUCUUCAUUUGUUAUGACGCCUCUGAUAUAUCAUCUUUGGAGUUAGUCAGAGGUUUUCUCGAUGAGAUACCUUCUGGGACUUCAAUCGUUGCAAUAGCAUGCAAGUCAGAUCUGGCUUCUGAAGCUAGCAUCUCCCGUGCUUCUGAUAUGUUCAGCAACUACAACAUCGGUUUGGUUCCAGUGUCACUACAAUCACCCGAAGGAAGAGACAAGGUGCGCAGGGGGUUUAAUUGGCUGUUGCGGUCUCGGCUUGUUGGUUCGAACCCAAACAAUGACUAUCGCAACCCGGCUUCGCCUCUAGCACUGUCUUCUCCAGUUCCAUGGGAGAGACGGAGCCCAGCAUCCGCAACGCCCCCCGCUGUACCCGCUCCCAGCCUGACUGAUGACCCCAUCUCUCCUUCAACAUCACCGCUCAUAGCUUCGAGGGUUCCACAAGUGCCUCGGCCAGCUGUCGGCACUGAAAUGAACCCAUUUGAUGAACUUGUAGACUCUGGCAUAGGUUUAGGUGCCACUCCAGAGUCAUUCCACACAGACAGCAGUGACUUAGGCCGGUUAGAACAUGACUUACAAUCAUCAUCUCCACAACCAUCAGGUCCCCCCGUAGAUGAUCUUGUAGCUGGCGAGGAAGACGGUCCUAGUGCCCCCCUCAAAGAGAGAGACAUUCGAUCCACCCCUUAUGCUACGUUGGAUGAGCUUCUCGACAAACUCGUGUUUCUGUCUGUCAGCGGCGAUGACUCUAAUUUUAUAUCACAUUUCCUCCUCACUUACAGAAGAUUUGCAACCCCACGGAGUCUUCUGUUAGCCAUGCAGAAGCGAAUGAGGCAGCUCGACGCCAUCAUUUGUGAUCCCAUGUUUGCCUGUUAUGCACAGAUGAGGAUAUGUCAUCUCUUGGACACCUGGAUGGACAAUUUUCCUCACGAUUUCGCCGUCCCAGGGGCUGCAAGUGCUUUGAAUGCUGUUGUGAAGUCCAUCAUUUCCAAGACCUAUCUUCUUCAUUAUGGAGCCGAUUUCCUCCCUUUUCUUGAGCGUGCACCAGGCUUAGUGGACAAGGAUGCGUCGUGGUCCCUAAAGGCAGAGACGACUCUCGAAGAACCAGAGGAACUAUAUGAUGAAGAAGAAGAGCCGCUGGCUACGGAUGCGCAAUCAGCCACUGCCAGUUUAUCCGCUUCGAACUCUGAUGAUGGUGCUUCGUCUCCGCUGAGUUCGCGGGAGCGCAAGCCCAGUAUACAAGUUGGUUCUAAGACAAUCUCGGUCCCCUCUCUUCAUUCGCAGGACGAUGGCGACAAGCCGAUGUCAGAGAAAGUCAUGCUGACCAAGCUUCGUACCCUUGCAAUGGAUGUAUUGGCGGCAGAUAGUAACGAGAUAGCGGAAGAGAUUACCAGGAUUGAAGUGAAACUUUUUUUGGAAAUUGAGCCUAGGGACUGGCUCAAGUACACGUUCAGUUCGAGCAAGAAGGAUCCCGACGACCUCAUAGGUCAAUUUAACAUGCUCUCAAACCACCUGGCAGAUUGGGUUGCUUCUUUGAUAUUGUGUCAUGACAAGCCGAAGCAGCGCGCGAGACAGAUUGAGAAGUUUUUGGAUGUCGCUUCCAAGCUGAGGGCCCACAACAAUUACUCAGCUUUACGGGCGUUCGUGGCUGGGAUCAAUGGAGCUUGCUUUGAGGGCGAUGACACGCGUGAAAAUCUACGGACCAAAUCCCCAGAGCAGUACAAGAAUCUCCUAUCUUGGGACGUGCUCUUUCAGCAACGGGGAUCGCAUCAUGCAUAUCGGUUAGCCCUCAGGAAUACUAAAGGCGCAUGUAUACCUGCUCUGGAGAUACAUCAAAGUGAUCUAAUUCGCGCGCACGAGGGAAAUUCAGAUGUUCAUGCAUUCGAUCCCCAGCUCAUUCACUGGGGAAAAUACAAUAUGCUUGGCCGAUUCGUUCAGAAUAUCAUGCAUUGUCAGGCAUCAUGUCAAAAUGCGAAAGAGUACAGGUAUCUGGAGCGCUCCAAGAUUGCGGACAUGAUUCAAGGGGAUCGCCUUAUAAUGUCUCAAGAGAUGCAAACGCGGCGUAUAGCACCGCCCGAUGAUCCAGUGGAGGAUGAACCAGGGGCACGACCUCCUGCAACCAAUGUAUCAUCACAACGCGAUAUUACACGAAUCCGCAGGGUUUUCCAGCAUGUGUUCCAUGCCUAACGUGAUUAGUGACUAGUGACUGCCGGACGUUAAUGUAUUGUGAUACACCAUUACUUUGCAUCGAUUUCGUGAACCCACUUGGCGG